AUGAUAGCUUAUCCAAUUUUUUUUUUAUGAUCCUGGUAUCCGGAGCCUCGAGAGGAAUCGACUAGCGCCAAUGACCGUCCACCGGAACUUAGUCGGGGAAGCCCGCAGAGGCAUUCAGGAGGGCUGAUGAUCAUCCCAUGUAAAUUCCACCAGUGGCCACACAUUAGCAGGCUUCUCUGUAUUGGGCUCGAAGGUCCCUCAAGAUAAUCACCUCCCAGCGACACUCGAACCCAUAACUUCCAUGUUGAGUUUAACCACUGAACCACUAACACGUGGUUAUCCAAAAAUUAUUUUUCCUCUUCAAAAAUGCAUCUGCACAAAUGUUAAUUUACCAUAAAGAAAUGUACUAUUAUCAUUGUUACUAUAUGCGGAUUGGCGAAGACGAAGAUGGUUGAGUCCUUUGAUAGAUUUGUGUUGGAAGAAGUACUGAUUUAACCCCUCAAUGUAAUGAGCCUCUAGAUUAUCAUUAUCCAAACAUUGAUUUAUCCUAAGUGGGUCCGCUGCAAAAUAUAGUAGGCUAAGGUUACAUAAAGGUUUGUAUCUAAAGAGUUUCCGUCAUAGCUGUCAAUGUUUUUGUCUGAGCUAUAAGUGUUGACUAAAGUAUCUGAUACCAUCUUAUUUGUUUUUAUGUGUUUUUUGAAUAUAGUGGAGAAACAUGAAUCUUAUAUCUUUAUUUCUUUUAUUUUCAAUUAAAAAUAAUAAAACAUUACAUUUUUAUUAUUUAUUUUAUUUUUCUUUUUAAAAAUCAUAUAUUUAUUUCACCGUUAAAAAAUCAUGAAAAAUGUAAUUAUUUUACUUUUAAAUAUUUGUCUACUUUAAUUUUAAUAGUUAUAUAUUGAAUUAUUUAUUUAAAACAGUAGUUGAUUAUGUUUAACACCGUAAACAUAUAUAUUUUUAUUUAAUAGCACAAUCUUUUUUUCUUCUCAAAUUAUAAAUUGAAACGAUGGAAAGAUAGCUAAUCUAUCAUUUAAAAAAUUACUUUAAGUUAGGUAAGCAGCAUUAAAACCUAACAAUAACUAUUAUUCUUUAUAUAUACAUGUUUGUUUUAAUCUAUAUAUGUCAGUCAAUAUUUUGGAAAACCAAAUGAACUAUGUUAAUAAUUUGAUCAAACAGUUUUUUUCUAAAUUUUGAAAUUUCAAAAAAUGUAAUGGAUUUCUAAAAAAUAUAUAUUUAAAAUAGUGUAUAAUUUUAUAUUUUUUGUAUUAAUUCAUAAGACAAUAGAUCUUUAACUAAAGUAAUAAAAUAACUGAUUUAAAUAACUGAUUCAUAAGACUAUAGAUCUUGUAUUAAUUCAGCUAUUUACUUUUUAUGGGCAUUUAGUGUGUCUCUUUAGAUUGGUGAUUUGAUUUAGUUAUCUUCAUCAAGCAUGAUUUCAGCUUCCUCCAGCCUUCCUGAUUCUAUUAUCGCGUGAUUAUUAUCGCGUGAUUAUUAUCACUUCUAUUUUAUUGCAAUAAAGUCCCACUACGUUGUACGAUGGUGGUCAUAUAAAUACAUGUUUUAGUCAUAUAAAUAUAUGAUAGUUUAAGUUAUGGCAAAAUAUUUGUGCACAUAUUUAGUUUUAUUAAAUAAAUGUGAUCAUUUUUGGAUCUGAAUUAUGUUCUUUGGUGUGUUUAUGUAGCCAUAUUAUUUAAAUAUAUGUUAUUUCUGUUGGUGUGGCAUGAAUUUUCACAUUCCAAAAACCAUUUCACAUCCUUUAACUCUAAACUCUAAAUCUAGAUUAGUUAACCUUAGGCAUAUAUUAAAAAUGAAGGUAAAAUUAGUUAGUAUAAACAUGAAAGUGGUACUAUAAAUGUGGUAUUUGUUGCAAUUUCUCAAAUAUAUAUGUGUACAUAUAUAUAAAUAUUAGUAUUUAAUCGACUAAAGACAAAUUUACAAAAUUUUAUAUAAAUCUACAAAUAAUUAAAUAAUAUAUCCUAACUAAAAGGGUAUAUAAAUAUAUUUUCUGGCGAUAUAAAUUUUUAAUUUUUAUCUCUGUAUAAAUAAAUAAAUUUAUUUUGAUAAAAUACAAUUUUAUUAAUAAAAGAAAAGGAAUAAAAAUAUACAUAACAUGGUUUAGUCAUUUUUAAAAGUUAGAAUCCUUCUGAAAAAAUAAAAAUUGUGGGAUUUGCAUUUGAGAAAUAUCCUAGGAUAGCACUAAAAUUUUUAUUGUCACAAAUAUAGAUUCUAAGGAUCAAAAUGACCAAAAUAUUUUAUAAAAGUGGUAAAUAUAUAUUUAUACCCCUAAGGUUAACGAAUCCAAACUUUAAGGUUUAGAGUUAAGGGUAGGGAUUUGAGGUUGAAGUUUAAAAUUUUAUAAAAAAAAAAUAUAUUAAAAAUUUGAAAAUAAAAAUUUUAAAAAUAUUUUCAAAAAGUAUUUUCGAAUUACAAAAAAAAAAAUAAAAAAAUAGAAAUAAGAAAAACAAGAAAAAUUUAUAAAAAAAGUUCGAAUUUGAAAACAUAUAAUCUAAAACUAUAAAAUAAUUUUUUAUAUAUAUCUAGGAUAUUAUGAUCCUUUUAACUAUUAACUGUAACAUUUUAGUCAUUUUUUUUAUGACCUAUUUUUGUGACCAAAAUUUGAAAAUGAUAUAUUUAGGAGAAUUGCCCUUUGCAAUUUUGCUUCUGCAUUUUGUAGAUAAUAUGCAGAGGCUGGUAAUCUAAGCUAUUCUUUUGCUUCAGAUUUGAUAUUUUCUAACGCGAGGAAGAAAAACAAAGCAAUGGGUUUUGUCUUAAUUUCUUCUUUUUCCCCGUCCUCGCUCGUGCUCGCUUCUCAGCUUCACCAGUUCACUGCUCGAAUCAAAAGCACUGAAAUUUCGGUUCGUCCUCAAUUUUCUCCGGUUUGUAGAAGUAGAACCCUUGCUGCAAAACCAUGCUGUUUCAAUCUCCCUCAAGAACCAAUUCUCUCGGAGGCUCUCAAGGAGCCAAUUGCAUUUGUGGGUGGGAUGUUUGCUGGAUUACUAAGACUUGAUCUGAACGAAGAACCGCUUAAAGAAUGGGUGACGCGAACAGUUGAAGCCUCAGGUAUUACAGAAGAGGAAGUAGUUGAUGCAGAUGGAAUGGCCUCCAAUGAAGUAGAAUCUCCUCAACAGAUAGAGAUUGAAUGAGGUCUUGAACCUUUACUCUUUACCGUUAUCUCACUUCAUACAGAAGUUGUGAUUGUGGUUACUGUUGUACCAUCUCCAAGGAGAAAUGUAGCAGUUUGCUUUUUGUAUGUAUGUAACCGUAAAAACUAAAAUAAACACUUUUUGUUUACAGUUUACACGUUGUCAAUCUAUCA